AUGUCUCAAGGAGUCUAUAGCGGCGGCGAUGGCGUCGGCGGCGGGAACACUCACGGUGCACCGCCUAAAUUAUACUUCUGUUACCAGUGUAACCACACGGUCUCCAUUAGACCUUCACCUACCGUCUCAUCCGAACUCUUUUGCCCCGAUUGUAGCGGUGGUUUUCUUGAAGAAUAUGAAAACCCUAACCCUAGCUCGACGACACCGAAUCCUUUUCUUGCCUUUGACGAUGAUUCUCCUUUCACCCCUUUCUCCACUGGUUUUCCCCUUGUCUUCUCCACUACGUCCCGUGGCUCCGGCGCUGCUUCUGACGAUUUUCAGAGUCCUACGGAUCUCUCUGCUCUCUUUGGUGGCCCUCUUUCACGAUCUGGAAGUUUCCAGAAUCCCGGUGAGUUCAAUCCCUUUGCAUUCCUUCAGAAUUAUCUCAGUACCUUACGGGCAGGUGGCGCCAACAUCCAGUUUGUUAUCGAGAACAAUAGUGAUGGUGAUCCGUCGGGGUUUCAUCUCCCUGCGAAUCUAGGAGACUACUUUAUUGGUCCGGGUUUAGAGCAACUGAUUCAACAGCUCGCUGAGAACGAUCCUAAUCGUUAUGGCACCCCCCCUGCGUCAAAGUCAGUGGUUCGGAACCUACCUAGCAUUAAGAUUACUGAUGAUUUGUUGGAAUCAGAUUAUUCUGAUUGUGCGGUGUGUAAAGAUAGCUUUGAGCUACAUGAGGAGGCGAAGCAAUUGCCGUGUAAGCACGUUUAUCAUCAGGAUUGCAUCAUACCUUGGUUGGAGCUGCAUAAUUCUUGUCCUGUUUGUCGCUUUGAGUUGCCCACUGAUGACCCGGAAUAUGAGAACAGGUCUUGUGAAGGCUCUGUUGCUGCUGGUGGUGGUCGUAAUAUGGGUGCUGCACGGUCAGGGGCGGCCUCUGUCAGUGGUGAUCCUCAAGAAAAUCCAGAGACCCCAAGUAAUACGGAGAGGAGGUUUAGGAUAAGCUUGCCUUGGCCUUUUACUGGAUUUGGCGCAUCUGCUGAGACAAGCAAUAGUGGAGCAGGGAACAGCAACUCAGGCCAUUCCAACUCGGGAAGUGGUGGUCAGGAUAGACAAGAAGAUCUUGGCUAAAGACAGAUACCGGGCGCAUCACGGGCAUGAUGCGAGCGCAUCAGCAUCACGCAUCGGCUUCCGGGACCCUUAAUGCAUCGGACCGCAUUGCACUUUUUAAAACCAAGGAUGGAGGCAUGACUCAUCUCUCCCUUGUCUUUCUUUCGUUUCCCCCUUAUCUCUUGCUUUUCUUCUGCUCUUGCGCCAGUAGUACCCCUCUUGUCUUCCUCUACUAUUCCUCACGUCUCUCUAUCUCUCUCACCGUAUCAUCUUUUAUUUCCUUUGUAUCUUUGAUGAAUUAUGCAAAUGGUUGAACGCAUAUUGUACUCUGUACCUGGUUACAAUGUUUCAUAUGGUAUAGUUGUCCCUUGUUUCCAUAUGACAUCCCGAGGUGACUAGAUUGGUGUCUUAUUUGUUCUUUAUUCAAAACAUAAAAGUGUAUUAAUUAUUUGUUUACUAUUUGACAAGCUGGUUCUAAAUUUUUUUUGUUAGAUAGUUCUUAUUUUUCUUUAUUUAAUUAAAGUGUAAUUAUUUAUUUCUUAACUAUUUGAUAAGU